GCCGGGGCCGCUGCGGGCCGCGGCCGCUCCUUGCAGCCGGCGCGCUCAGCGCCGAGGGCCCUGGGCCUCCUGCGCCCCGGCGCCUGCUUGUGAAAAGGGAAAAGCGGGCCCCCUCCGGCCGCCGGCUCGGAGGGCUAGAUGCUUUUGUUGGGGGUUGGGGGGAGAGCAGGAGCGCAAAUGUCCACUGCCCACUCCACCCCUGGACCCAGAGACGGGAGAGGAAGGGCUUAGAAGGCCCCUCGGGGGCUUGCGCCGGGUGCCCUGAAGCCUCCCCAUUCCGAAGUUGCGAGCUUGCGACAGGGAAGUCGCGGGGCCGCCAUUGUCACGGCUGCUCUCGGGGGUAGGGAAGGCAGCCGCUUAUGUAAGUUUGGGCUCGCUGGAAGCGCUGCUCGCGGCUCGGUGCGGGCGGUUUGGAGAGCCUUUAGGAAAGAGCCCUGUGCCUUGUGGAGCUGUAGCUGAGGCUCCAUCUUUCCCUACACCUUUCUGCAAGCACCCUGGUAGCGGCGAUCUUCCGGUUUGACUCAUCUCAACUUAGCAAUGGGAACAUCUGUAUAGCGCACCUAUAUAUGCCAGAGAACACAUGGCCGCAGGUUUCCGGUGCUCUGAGAUGUUGGGAGAGAGGUGGCCCAAGAGACGCUGGCCUAAAACAAAACAACAAAAAAAAGCGCAUUGACGUGUUGCCAUGGCUACUCAGUGGCCACUCCUCUCCUUCGUCGUUGCCCCAUGCACUUUCCUGCCACAGGCCCCAGGGCGAAUGCCUACUAACACAGCCGGCAGGAAGGAUCUGCAGGAUAUUGGUCUGCAGGAUGGAGUUUCUUCGGGUCUGGCAAGCCCCUGAUCAGAGGAAUUCUGAUCGGAAGAUUUCAGUGUUUAAGGCAUUAAGAGAAUAGCCUGAAUUGUUCAUGGAGUUUUUCAUCAGUAUGUCUGAAACCAUUAAAUAUAAUGACGACGAUCAUAAAACUCUGUUCCUGAAAACACUGAACGAACAGCGCCUGGAGGGAGAGUUUUGCGACAUUGCCAUCGUGGUUGAGGAUGUAAAAUUUCGAGCACACAGAUGUGUUCUUGCCGCCUGCAGCACCUACUUUAAAAAGCUAUUCAAGAAGCUUGAGGUUGAUAGCUCUUCGGUGAUAGAAAUAGAUUUCCUGCGGUCUGACAUCUUCGAAGAAGUCCUGAACUACAUGUACACGGCCAAGAUUUCUGUGAAAAAGGAAGAUGUCAACCUGAUGAUGUCCUCAGGUCAGAUCCUUGGGAUCCGGUUUUUGGAUAAACUGUGUUCUCAGAAGCGUGACGUGUCCAGUCCCGACGAAAACAACGGCCAGUCCAAGAGUAAGUACUGCCUCAAAAUAAAUCGCCCCAUCGGGGACGCUGCCGACACGCAGGACGACGACGUGGAGGAGAUCGGGGACCAGGAUGACAGUCCCUCUGACGACACGGUAGAAGGCACCCCCCCGAGUCAGGAGGACGGCAAGUCACCCACCACGACGCUGCGGGUGCAGGAGGCGAUCCUCAAAGAGCUGGGGAGUGAGGAAGUUCGCAAAGUCAACUGCUACGGCCAGGAAGUAGAGUCCAUGGAGACCCCGGAAUCCAAAGACUUAGGGUCCCAGACCCCUCAGGCCUUAACCUUUAAUGAUGGGAUGAGCGAGGUGAAAGAUGAACAGACCCCGGGCUGGACCACAGCGGCCAGCGACAUGAAGUUUGAGUAUCUGCUCUACGGCCACCACCGGGAGCAGAUCGCCUGCCAGGCGUGCGGAAAGACAUUUUCUGACGAGGGCAGGUUGAGGAAGCAUGAGAAGCUACACACGGCCGACAGGCCCUUCGUCUGCGAGAUGUGCACCAAGGGUUUCACCACGCAGGCCCACCUGAAGGAACACUUGAAAAUCCACACGGGCUACAAGCCCUACAGCUGCGAGGUGUGCGGCAAGUCUUUUAUCCGCGCCCCGGACUUGAAGAAGCACGAGCGGGUUCACAGCAACGAGCGGCCAUUCGCAUGUCACAUGUGUGACAAAGCCUUCAAACACAAGUCCCACCUCAAGGACCACGAGCGACGGCACAGGGGGGAGAAGCCGUUUGUGUGCGGCUCGUGCACCAAGGCCUUCGCCAAGGCUUCGGAUCUCAAAAGGCACGAGAACAACAUGCACAGCGAGAGGAAGCAGGUGACGCCCAGCGCCAUGCAGAGCGAGACGGAACAGUUGCAGGCCGCGGCCAUGGCUGCCGAGGCGGAGCAGCAGCUGGAGACAAUCGCCUGCAGCUAGAGUUGGCGGGGGCAGGUGGCCCGGCCCGGAGGAGUGUGCGGACGGAGGUGGCCGUGGUGGGAAUGGGUGAGCACUGGUUGCCGGGCUCCCGCCAACGCAAGCGGAGCAUUGGACUCGCUGGACUUCGGGCAAUGCUUGGUUAGAUGUUUUCAAAACUUUUCCAGGAAGUUAUGUUCCUAGGUUCUGACCGAACAGUUUUCAAUGUCCUGUUUGGUGUCUAGUAUUCAUGUCGCCAGUAAUCCCCCCUUGCCCUCGUCUCUCCCCGUUUGAUGAUUUUGAGGACUCCUGUGUCUCCAGUUUGGAAGUGAGAGACUUUGUUGUGUUUUUAAUCCCUCUGUACUUGCCAAGCCGGUGAGUGCACUGCACAGAGUAAUAUUUGAGUAAGUUGAUUUCCUAAUCAUUAGAGUGAUAUGUGACUUGGGAUCAAGACAGCAAUUUUAAUAACUUAAUGAAAGUACUUGAUAUAGACACAGAAAAGGUUGGUACGUGGUUCACCAGGAAUACCGCGCAGAUCCGAAAGCAAGUUCUGGAAAUGCAGAAUGAUAUUUGAUUUGUAUUUGCUUGUUGAUUUUCUAUCACUGGUUUUUAUGUUUAUUUUCUUUUAACUGUUCUUGAGGACAAAUAAGAGUUGCUUUGCCGAAGUGUUGUUUCAUCCGUGUUGAUUUGCCCCAUGCCUACCCUGAAAGCCGUAGUCGCACGUGCCGGAGGCUAAACAGGCCACCAUGUCGCUGCUGGUCUCGGGCUGAGUUGCCAGCCAGUGUGCCACAGCAGGAGUGUGUGGAAUGGACCAGAAAGGGCUCUCGGAAACAACGUUUUUACAGGUGCAAGGUUUCCUAGAGCCAAGUAAUGUUUUCGUUUCGCCAUUGGGUUUGUAUGUGUGAUGAUGAGCAGGACUUGAAUGGAUGUGCUCUCCAGGUGCACCUGUGUGUGUAACAGAAGGUCGCAACGCGCUGGGCUCUGCAGCACAUGGAUGACCGGUAACAGAGAUGCAAUAUGCUUAAAUUAAUAAAUUCAGAAUCUUUUUAAAAGGGUGUACAUAGUAUUGUUGGUUUUAUAUAUUUCAGAUAAGCGUAGACAGCUGCACUUUUUUUGCACAUUGGAUUGAAAUCAUUUCCAUUAGCAAUGAACAUCUGAGAUUUCUUUAACCAAUACUAAAGAUUGUCAGACCCAAUGUUUAUGUUUCUGAAGUGUAUUUCAUCACUGGUGACAGUUUCAAACUGAAGUUGAUUGCCUUUUCAUAGCCGUGGAUCAGAAUUAUAAAUUCUGUUCCAGAUUUGGUGUACCUAAUAUUCUUUUAACUGUUUCUUUUGGACUAUAUUGAAAUGCCAAUAAUCAUUUGAAUUAUGUUCUAUAAGAAGGUAUUGGUCAAUUAUUUUAGAGGAUGUACAGUUGUAGAAAAUGUCAACUUCUAAAAUUCAUUUUGGUUGCUAGUAUUCUUUUUCAUAGAUUAAUUUCCUUUCAUUGCUUGUUGCAUUAACACCUGUAAUUACUAUUGUGGGAGAAGCUUUAUUUUUUAAAUUGGUGUACGUGUUAUGCCCAAGACUGUAGGACAAAGAUGCUACCUUUUUUUUUAAAAAAAAAAAUUAUUUAUUGGUAUGACGUUUGACUUAGUUUAAAAUUAACUUAAUUUUCUCUUGGAAGUUGUUCUGUACUAAAAGUAGCCAUGUCACUGUGUUUCUGUGCUGUUAGUAGAAAGGGGACUCGUUGCUGGUUCCUGGGCUGUUUUAACCAAAGCAAAGCAGAAACUUCCCAUCUUGUCAAUAGCUACUUUAAAAAACCAUAUUUUGGGCCUUCAUUUUUGUAUAUAAAAGAAAAUAUACUUCUAUCA